AUCAUGGCGUCAGCAGAGGAAGAUUUUCCCCGUGGCGGCACAUCCAAGAAAGCCUCGCGACCUAAAGUGGCGUCUCACGUGGAGGUGGACAAUCUGUUCGAGACCUGUGAGCCUGAGGUCAAGACGAAAAGAAAGGCAGGAAAAGAAUUGGAUGACAAGCACGCUAAAAAGCAAAAGACAAGCAGUAAAGAAGCGGGUUUGAAGCUCAAUGCCGUCACUAAUGUGGAAGUCCUUCACCUCAAGAACGUGAAGGUGGGAACGCUGUUACUGGGCUGCGUGAAGUCGGUUUCAGACUUUGACGUAGUCGUCGGCUUACCCAGCGGCCUUACCGGUUACCUCCCCAUCACCAACGUCUCUGACUCCUUCACCAAACUCCUCAACGAGCAGGUGGACAAUGAAGACAGCGUAGAGGAGGUUUUUUCUCUGCCUCAUCUCUUUUCUCCUGGGAUGCUGAUCAGAUGUGUAGUGUCCUCAUUAGAAAGCCCCGCAAACAAGAGCAUCAGAGUGAAGCUGUCCGUCAACCCAAAGGAGGUUAAUAAAGGCCUGAGUGCAGGGUCCCUGAAGCCAGGAAUGAGUAUCAGCGGUUGUGUGGAGAGCAUAGAGGAUCAUGGUUAUCUCAUCGACAUCGGCGUCGGCGGGACGAAAGCCUUUCUGCCGAAACAGACGGCAAAAGACGAGACUAAAACGUCCAAACGUGAUCUGAAGGUAGGUCAAUACGUGACCACCCUAUUGGAGGAAGUGAAGAACAAUGGGCGGGUCGUACGUCUCUCAGUGAACCCUACAGCUGUCAAUCAAGCCUGUGCUGAGACACAGCACGGUUGGACUCUCAGUAACCUGAUCCCUGGCCUGCUAGUCAAAGCUCACAUCAAGAAGGUGACGCCUCACGGACUGAUAGUGGAAUUUCUUUCCUCUUUCUCCGGAGUGGUGGAUUUUUUGCACAUAAACGCUAAUGAGGCCUCCAGCUACAACCCCGGUGAUGUGGUAAAAGCCCGUGUGAUAUACAUUGAUCCCACCAGUCGACAGGUGGGCCUGUCCCUGCGCCGCCACCUCCUGCCUCCAGGGGGCAGCGUGUUGGAUGAUGUGCUGAGUGAACGUGUUGGAGAAGUGGUGAAUGGCUGUAAGAUGACGGUUGUUCAUCAUUAUUCGGGGGCUACGAUUGAACUGCCCGACUCCACUGUCGCUUUCGUAUACAAAAAUCAGAUGAAAGAACCCAACGAGGAGUUUAACCCGAAUCGGCUUCUGGCCCAACCGGAACAUACCUGCCGAAUCACAGAAUACAGUCCACUGGAACAGAUCCACAUGGCCACUUUGCGCCAGAGCAUCAUCUCAGUGCCCUUCUUCCGUUAUCAAGACCUUAAACUGGGACAGAUUGUGGAAGGGACUGUGGUUCACCUGCAGGAUUACGGGAUGUACGUGAAGAUUACCAAUCACAUCCAAGGCUUGGUGCCCAAAAUUCAUCUCGCCGACAUUGUGUUAAAGAACCCCGAGAAGAAGUUCAGCCCAGGUCAAAAGGUCAAAUGUCGGGUUCUGUCGUUAGAGGGUACAAAACUGGCCCUGACCAAUAAGAAGACUCUGGUAAACUCCACCCUCCCUCUCUUCUUGAGCUUUGCAGACGCCAGGGUGGGACGGGUCUCUCACGGCGUCAUCGUCGCCGUCAGAGACUUUGGCUGCAUCGUCCGUUUCUACGGUGACGUGAAGGGCUUGGUUCUGACGCGUGAACUGAGUUCUGAGCCCGUGUUGAGCCCACAAAGUAUCUUUUACGUUGGCCAGGUGGUGAAAGUCAAGGUUUUAAAGUGUGAUGUGGAAAAUUCCAAACUGCUCCUGUCACUCAAAGACGUUCCCACUGGAGACACAGAGGACCCAGAGAAACCACAGUUUGACUUUGAAGUUGGCAAGGUGGUGGAGGCGACAGUUAAGAGGAAGUUGGAACACGGCCUUGAGGUUUCCAUUCUUCCUGAGGAAGCCACCGCGUUGCUACCCAUGAUGCAUCUCUCUGACCAUGUGUCUAAUUGCAGACUGUUGUGGGAAGCCCUGCAGGAGGGUGAUGUCAUCGCAAACCUCGUCUGUCUCAACAAGACCGCGCAGGGAAUUACUCUGUCUAAGAAGCCAUUGGUCAAGGCAGCGUUGGAAGGCGGGUCUGCGGUGCGAGAGUUCUCUGAUAUCCAGGAGGGAAUGCAGCUGAUUGGCUGGAUCAAGAACAUCCUGCCCUAUGGCGCGUUUGUGGACUUCUCUCACCGACUGUUUGGCCUGGCCCCUCUGGCUGCGAUGAGCGACAAGUUCAUCAGCAGCACGGAAAACAUGUUCCAGGUGGGCCAGACGGUGGUUGCCAAGGUGACCAACAUAGACGAGGAGAAGAGGCGAUUCCUGGUCAGUUUGAAAGUGUCGGACAUGAGCAAAAGCGAGGAGGAGAACGCAGAACGACUGAUCCGGGGUCAGCUGGAGAGGAAGGUCGCCAUGGAGAUGUUUAGUGGCAGAGGAGACUCUGACGUGCUUCAGCAGCUCUCCUCUGUGUCAGUGGGGGAUAAACUGAAGAUGACCGUGAGAGAGGUAAAGCAAGACGGCUCCGUGAGCCUGGCGUCCGACCAGCUCAGCGAAGCUACCGUGUUGGCCCCGAGUCACAAUGCCGCUGGUGUGAACAAAAGUCCAGGCUUUAAGGUCACUGCUGUGGUUCUUCAUGUUGACCCUUUGACCUCUACUGUCUAUGUGUCCCUGUCACCCAAGCUAGUGGGCAAGAAGUUAACGUUGGAAAAGGACUCGCAACACGAAGCCACCGUGCAGUACGUGGAGAACGAAUUUGCUGUCAUCUCAUUGGCCGAGACCGGUCACCUGACCGUCAUCUCGACGACCAGUCACCUGAACGAGACCUUCCGUUUCAAGGCCGAGAAGCUUGCCGUCGGCCGGACCCUGGCCGCGACCGUGACCGAUCUGAGCAGCGAAGGUUUGGGCGGCCUUCCCCUCGUGACCUGGGACUUUGACGUCAAACGCGCACGGACCAUUUCGGGGAGCAAAGGAGUCAAGCACAAGUACAAAGUGGGCGACGUGGUGACCGGGGCGGUGAAGUCCAUUAAACCGUUAAACGUGCUGGUGACCCUGCCGGGCGAGGUCACAGGAAGCGUUCACGUGACGGAGGUCCAGACGUCGCCGAAAGUGGGCAGUUUCCCCACGUCCUCCCUCAAGGUCGGGUCAAAGGUCAAAGCCAGGGUCAUCGGAGGUCGGGAAGUCCGCAGCCACAAGUUCCUACCCAUCUCUCACCCCAAUUUUAAAGUCUCCAUUCCUGAGCUGAGCCUGCUUCCCAGUAAACUGGAGAAAAAAGCAAAUCUCAAGUCUUUAGAUGAGAAUCCCAAACUGGACGACUUCCAGCCUGGAGAACAGGUCAUCUGCUACGUCUCCACGUUCCGUGACGAAACCAAAUGUUUGGAGGUUUGCGUGACACCCGACAUCAUAGGAACAGUGGAACUGCUAGCUAUGGUUUCCGAUCACAAAGCAGCCAAACGCCCUCAGAAGUUAUACAAACAAGGUCAGGCUCUCCAGGCCAAGGUCAUUGGGGUCAGUCCCAACACCCCUCCUCGACUUUUCCUCUCUCUCACAGGGAUGCACAAGGUGGAGCCGGGAGUGGUUACCCUGGGAAUGGUCCGGAAAAUAAUUCCCAACGUGGGCCUGCUUGUGAAACUCCCGUUCCGAAGCGUGGGCAUGGUGUGCAUCGCAGACUUGGCUGACUUCUACACGGAGAAACCUCUGGAGCAGUACAAGGAGGGACAGAUAGUGAAGUGCUGUGUCGUGGCGGAGGACAAAGAUAAGUUUUCCGUCAGCCUCCGACCAUCCAGGACCCAUCCAGGAAUGGGCCUUCCAGUGAGAGACGCAGAGAUUCUCUCCGUAACAGACCUCAAAGUCGGCCAAGUCAUCAGGGGCUACCUAAAGUCCGUGGGGGACCAAGGCAUAUUUAUAUGGUUGUCGAGGACAGUCACGGGAAGAGUUCAGUUCCAGCACGCGUCUAAUUUUUUUGCACACGACCCCAGUGUAUACAAAGAACACAUUUCCCAGAAUGCUCUUCUCACGGCCAAAGUGCUCAGUGUGGAUGAGAAGAACCAGGUGCAGCUGUCACUGCUCCCAGAGGACACUGGGAAGCCGGACGUCCUGCCCGAAACGCUCAAACUGCCGUUACGUCUGAGAGGAGAGGAGAAAGAGAAACGUGAUAAAGUGGCCAAGAAGAGAAAGAUGAAGGACUCGCCGAAAAAGGAGGAACCGUCGGAGAAAAAGAUGAAAAAAACAAAAAAGUCAAAAGCGGACGGUAACGACAGCGGCGUAGAGGUGUAUUUCAGAGAGGAAGAGGAGGAGAGUGAAGAAGAGAAGAAAAAAGAAACUUCAACGGCCUCGACAGGCCCUGCCAGACUGCAGGUGAGCGCAGGCUUCUCCUGGGAUUCUGCACUCAGUACACUUAAACCAGCUGCCUCUGCUAACACACACGACUCCAGCGAUGAAGAGGACGAAGAGGAGCAAAACAAGCCUGAGAAGCAGUCUCGUAAAGAGAAGGAACAGGAGAAGAAGGCGGAGGAGAAGAGGUUGUCUCAGUUGGAGGCGGAGCUGAUGGAUCCCGAGCGGAGACCUGACAGCGCUGCGGCAUUUGAGCGACUGCUGCUCAGUUCUCCAGACAGCUCUCUGAUCUGGCUCCAGUAUAUGGCCUUCCACCUGCAGGCCACCGAGAUCGAACAGGCCCGGGCCGUGGCCGAGAGAGCCCUCAAAACCAUCUCCUUUAGAGAGGAGCAGGAGAAGCAGAACGUGUGGGUCGCGCUGUUGAACCUGGAGAACAUGUAUGGAACCGAGGAGAGCUUGCAGAAGGUGUUUGAGCGCGCCGUGCAGUUCUGCGAACCUUUACCCAUAUACCAGCAGCUCGCAGACAUCUACACCAAAUCCGACAAGAUACAGGAGGCGGAGAACCUGUAUAAAAGCAUGAUCAAGCGUUUUCGGCAAGAACAGGGAGUGUGGCAGAGUUACGGCACGUUUCUGAUUCGUCAGGGCAAGAGUGACGCUGCCAGUGCUCUCCUACAGAGGGCGCUCCAGAGCCUGUCCACCAAAGAGCAUGUGGACUUGAUAGCCAAAUUUGCUCGACUGGAGUUUCAAUACGGAGAUAAACAGAAGGCCAAAUCGAUGUUUGAUAAGAUUCUGACCAGCUACCCUAAACGAACUGAUCUGUGGUCAGUCUUUAUUGACCUGAUGGUGAAACACGGCACUCAGAAGGAAGUCAGGGAUCUGUUUGAUCGGGUGAUCAACCUGAGCGUGGCCGUGAAGAGGAUCAAGUUCUUCUUCAAACGUUACCUGGAGUACGAGAAGAAACACGGCACUCCGGAGAGCGUACAGACUGUUAAACAGAAAGCCCUGGAGUACGUGGAGUCCAAGGGAGCAGAUGCAUCCAGCUAGAACCUGCUGAUUAUCUCACGCACACACACACACACACACACACACACA